UUCGCUUCGUUUUGCUACGACUGACGUCACUCCAGAAAGUUCUCGCUGAGAAGAUGGCAAUGUCACUCGCAAACUCAGUCAGUUCCCUCCACUCCUCACUCGGUCUAGUCGACGAUUCCAUCGCUAUCCUCGACUCUGGCGUCAGCGACUUCCCACGCAUUUCCAAAGUCCUGCAAACAACAAGGCACUUCGAGCUUCUCCCCGAACCAACCAUCCGUGAAGCCCAAAAGGCCCUCUUAGACGAAAUCACCCCAAGCAUCGCACACUUGCUCUCCCUCGCCUCAAACCACGUUGAAAAGCUUUCUCGUCGCGAACAAGGUCUCCGUGCGAAAUGUGAACUGCAGGAGGGAAGACUUAACUCCGAGAGCCGCAAAACCUCGACACGCGGACAGAGACAUACAGCCAGUGGAGAGGCUGGUUCCGCAGCGAAAGCGCUCGAGUUGAGAAGAUUGGUUCAGAAGAAAGAGCGGCUUAAGUAUGCCGUUGAACGUCUGGAGCUGCAAAGUACGCAGAGAGAACGGCAGUUGAGGAAGAGUAUGGCUUUUUAUUAAUUGAAUCGAUGCGAUUCAUGCAAGUUGAGAAAACUGGCAUGAUUCUCUCA